CGUGCACCAAAGUCCUCUCUCUGUGCCUCCAUAAAACCUAAAGACAGGCGCGCGCGCUCUCCCGACAAUGGUGUCUUUCUCUCACUAGAUUCUGUGUCUCUAUCCCUAGAAUUUGGGCUUCUCUCUAGAAUCUGUGGAUUUGUCUCUCUAGAAUUGUGUUUCAGUGGAAAGAUGAUGAAGCUCAAGCAGUUGUUACAGUCCAGGACCCAUUUGUCUGAAAAUCUUUUGCAUGGGAAACCUGGUGAUAUUAGAAAUCCUUCAUGGUUGCAUGCUUUUACAUCUCGGGUUAGCCUUUCAACUGCCACAGACCAUUUUGCUGAUAAAGGAAAUUACCCAGACCGAGUAUAUGCUCCUUAUUGUGUUUACAAGGGCAAAGCUUCAUUGACCGUGUACCCUGUUCUCCCAAAAUUCUCUAGAUUGGAUUCUGGAGGUCUGAAAGUUGAUCGCCAUGGUGUCAUGAUGCUGCAAUUCUCACCUGCUGUGGGUGAGCGCAAGUACGACUGGGAGAAGAAGCAGUUCUUUGCAUUGUCAGCGGUAGAGGUUGGGUCUCUAUUAAGUUUGAGUCCUGGAGGUGGUUGUGAAUUUUUCCAUGAUCCUUCAAUGAAAACAAGUAAUGCUGGUCAAGUGAGGAAGAGCUUAUCAGUUAAGUCUAUGGAUGGUGGUAGCUAUUUUCUUUCUCUGUCUGUUGUGAACAAUAUUCAAAAAACCAAUGAGCGCCUUGCUGUUCCUCUCACAGCUGCAGAAUUUGCAGUGAUGCAGACAGCUUGCAGUUUUGCUCUUCCCCACAUUUUGGGAUGGGAUCGGUACAUGAAUCAAAAGCUACCAAGAACAGAAGCAACUCCAUCAACUUUAGAAUGGGACAGAUGAAUUAAUGCAGGACUUGUAUCUCAUCUCCCUCUUCCUUCUAUUACCAGGUUCUACCCCAUUUGAUUUGCCCUUUUUUUGUCUUCUUUCAGAAGAAAUGCUACAAUUUUAGCUCUUCAUUUAGCCAGUUAUGGUGACUUAUAUGAAUGAUGGCCCCAAACAACCGUCAUCUUAAUUGUGACUUCUUUAGUUGAACUCCCAUAUUUCCCUCU